AUGCCGGAGGAGUACUUUGUACUGAUAGCUGAAAUUUGUUGUUAUUCUCUAACUGGCCAGUUAGCAAGUACAUGCCACAAGGAACGAGUAAACCUCUGUGCCAAUGGAUUUUAUAUCACACCUGAUAUUGGCUUUGACUGGAAACUGGGAAAGGGAACCCCUUUCAACUACUUCACCUAUGGAGCUGCAUUUGCGGAAGUUGAAAUAGACACUCUGACUGGAGAUUUUCACACGAUAGCAGCAGACAUUGUUAUGGAUCUUGGAAAUUCUCUUAAUCCGGCCAUUGAUGUGGGACAGAUUGAAGGAGCCUUUGUUCAAGGUUUGGGUUGGAUUGCCUUGGAAGAGCUAAAAUGGGGAGAUGCUGAUCACAAGUGGAUUCGGCCUGGCAACCUAUACACUUGUGGACCUGGAAGUUAUAAGAUUCCUUCCACGAAUGAUAUUCCUCUGAAUUUCAAAGUUGCACUUUUACAGGGUGCGCCAAAUCCAAAGGCAAUUCACUCUUCAAAGGCUGUGGGUGAACCUCCGUUCUUUCUUGCUUCUGCAGUAUUAUUUGCCAUCAAAGAUGCAAUUAUAGCUGCUAGAGCAGAGGAAGGUUAUCAUGGCUGGUUUCCACUUGAUAACCCAGCAACGCCUGAGAGGAUCAGGAUGGCUUGCAUAGAUGAUUUCACCCGACCAUUUGCAAGUGAUGAUUAUCAUCCCAAGCUCAGUGUUUGAUGUCUAGUCUCUGCAAUGGACAUGCUUUCAUUAGUUAUCUGGUGUUUUUAUCCAUUCAGGCUUGUAAAGUCCUGCGUACGUCUUUUUGCAGGGUGUGGAUAAUAUUGUAAUAAAAACGCCGACUGCUGAUUAGAUUGUGUCUAAUAUGCAUCUUGUAAUUUGAAAGAUAAAAUUCAGAUAGAAGCCAUGUAUGUAUAAUGAUACCGUUGCUCAAAAUGAUGCCUUCUUUAGGAAUUAGACACCAUUCAUGCUA